ACGGCCGGGAAGCCGCACCUGACCGCGGCCGGGGCGUCGGGGACGGGGAUCGGCCGCGGCGGCCAUGAGCGCCGUGGACCUCGCCCGGGUGGGCGCGUGCGUCCUGAAGCACGCGGUGACUGGGGAGGCGGUGGAACUGCGGAGCCUGUGGCAGGAGCAGGCGUGCGUGGUGGCCGGGCUGCGGCGCUUCGGCUGCGUGGUGUGUCGCUGGAUCGCCCAGGACCUCAGCGGCCUCCGGGGCGUCCUGGACCGGCACGGCGUGCGCCUCGUGGGUGUGGGGCCCGAGGCCCUGGGCCUGCGCGAAUUCCUGGACGGCAGCUACUUCUCAGGAGAGCUCUACCUGGACGAGAGCAAGCAGCUCUACAAGGAGUUGGGCUUCAAGCGGUACAAUAGCUUGAGCAUUCUGCCGGCCGCCCUGGGGAAGCCCGUGCGUGAUGUGGCCACCAAGGCCAAGGCGGUUGGCAUCCAGGGGAACCUGUCUGGGGACCUUCUGCAGAGCGGAGGGUUGCUGGUGGUCAGCAAAGGUGGUGACAAGGUGCUGCUACACUUCGUCCAGAAGUCUCCAGGCGACUAUGUCCCCCAGGAGAGCAUCCUGCAGGCCCUGGGCAUCUCUGCGGAGGCCUGUGCCAGCCAGCCGCCCCAGUGUGACGGGGACGCGUGUACAAGAUGACCUCCGCUGACCCCAGGGUGCUGGAGCUGCUGGGCCAACGCUGGACCUUGCCAGAUCCUCAAGCCACAAAGAGCCAUUAAAGCACAGACCCUGA